CCCUUCCCCGGCUCGCGUGGAGACAAGAUGCUGCCCGGGCUCCGGCGCCUGCUGCAAGGUCCUGCCUCGGCUUGCCUGCUGCUCUUGCUCCUGGUGCUGCGGCCCGCGGCCCCCAGCUGCCCUAUGCUCUGCACCUGCUACUCCUCCCCGCCCACCGUGAGCUGCCAGGCGAAUAACUUCUCCUCUGUGCCGCUGUCCUUGCCACCCAGCACUCAGCGACUCUUCUUACAGAACAACCUCAUCCGCACGCUGCGGCCGGGCACCUUCGGACCCAACCUGCUCACCCUGUGGCUCUUCUCCAACAACCUCUCCACCAUCUACCCGGGCACUUUCCGCCAUCUGCAGGCCCUAGAGGAGCUGGACCUCGGUGACAACCGGCACCUGCGCUCCCUGGAGCCCGACACCUUCCAGGGCCUGGACCGGCUACAGUCCUUGCACCUGUACCGCUGCCAGCUCAGCAGCCUGCCUGGCAACAUCUUCCGAGGCCUGGUCAGCCUGCAGUACCUCUACCUCCAGGAGAACAGCCUGCUCCACCUUCAGGAUGACCUGUUCGCGGACCUGGCCAACCUGAGCCACCUCUUCCUCCACGGGAACCGCCUGCGGCUGCUCACCGAGCACGUGUUCCGCGGCCUGGGCAGCCUGGACCGGCUGCUGCUGCACGGGAACCGGCUGCAGGGCGUGCACCGCGCGGCCUUCCGCGGCCUCAGCCGCCUCACCAUCCUCUACCUGUUCAACAACAGCCUGGCCUCGCUGCCCGGCGAGGCGCUGGCCGACCUCCCCAGCCUGGAGUUCCUGCGGCUCAACGCCAACCCCUGGGCCUGCGACUGCCGCGCGCGGCCGCUCUGGGCCUGGUUCCAGCGCGCGCGCGUGUCCAGCUCCGACGUGACCUGCGCCGCCCCGCCCGAGCGCCGGGGCCGCGACCUGCGCGCGCUCCGCGAGGCCGACUUCCAGGCCUGCCCGCCCGCCGCGCCCACCCGGCCCGGCGGCCGCGCGCGCGGCGGCGGCGGCAACGGCUCCUCCAACCACCUGUACGGCGUGGGCGGGGCCGGGGGCGGGGCCGAGCCGGUGGGCGGGGCCGGGGGCGGGGCCGAGCCCGGCGCGCCCCCCGCGCACCCCUCCACCCUCUACCGCGACCUGCCCGCCCCCGAGGACGCCCGGGGGCGUCAGGGCGGGGACGCGCCCACCGAGGACGACUACUGGGGGGGCUACGGGGGCGAGGACCGACGCGGGGAGCAGACGUGCCCCGGGAACGCGUGCCAGGCGCCUGCGGACUCGCGCGGCCCGGCGCUCUCGGCGGGGCUGCCCGCCCCUCUGCUCUGCCUCUUGCUCCUGGCGCCCCAGCACCUCUGACUUUGUGGCGACUCGAGAGGCCUCGGUUCGAGUC